AUGGUCGUCGACCAACAAGGUCAGCCACCAACGGCAGACAUGGCACGUUCGCAGUUCCCACCACUCGUCCCCGACCUCCUCACAGCUCUCCGUGCACUCAAGGUGGCAAACCCAAAGGCAACACGCUCAACUGUCCACAUCUACCCAGCCGCAGUCUACGCAAACAAUGUCGCAACCGCAAAGGAUCGCCAAAUCACAAGUUGGAAGAUGACUGAGCACAUGUACUUUAAAAAGGACAACGAGUUUCCAACCCUCGCUCGCGGCCUCUUUACGGAGCCUGUCAAAGGCAAAUCCGAUGUCCCUCCAGCUGCCUUUGAGAGUUUGGGAUCUGGGCCAUUCAAGGAGCGCAUUGUUGCAAGGGGUUAUGACAAGUUCUUCAACACGGGUGAAAUGGCGUGGACGAGCUGGGAAGCAAUUGAGAAGCACUCAGAGCCGCCAUAUCACCUGACUCUGAAAUCGAACGGCUGUCUCAUCCUCAUCUCGGCCCUCUCACCUACCGAGCUAUUGGUCGCCUCCAAGCACUCGCUUGGUACCACAACAGAAACCGACUUGCGCGAGGUGGAGAACAAACUCAAGGAUGUAAAGCUUGAUCCAGCCUCUGGGUCUGCCGCACCUGCUGAACCACCCUCGAAGGCUCACGCCGAGGUCGGCCGAGAAUGGGUGGCGCGUACACUUGGACGCAGCGGCAAAACUCCCGAGGAGCUUGCCAAGAGGUUAUGGGACGAGAACCUCACUGCUGUCCUAGAGCUCUGCGACGAUUCGUUCGAGGAGCAUGUCAUUGCGACACCAGAGUACUGGACUGGCCUCCAUCUUCAUGGCCUCAACUACAACACACCCCUCUUUGCCACCAAGUCGCCAGAAAGCGUCGCCGCGUUCGCCGAGGAGUUUGGGUUCAUCCCAACCAAGCACAUCACUCUCAGCUCUGUUCCUGAGGUAAAGACCUUCACCGACGAAGUGGCGAAGAGCGGCUCGUGGGAGGGUGACAUGAUCGAGGGCUUUGUUGUCCGCGCGACUGUUAAGGACUCUCCAAAGACAGUAUCCAGCCCUCCCUACCUACCGGGCGCACCGUUCUUUUUCAAGGUCAAGUUCGAGGAGCCGUACCUGCUCUACCGCCAAUUCCGCGAGACCACUCGAGCCAUGCUGCCCCUCCUCGACAAGGUCAGCCCCGAGAAGGAGGCAGACUUGUGGAAGAAGAUUCGCUCUCGGACGAGGCGACCAGAGGUCGGCGUGUAUGCUGAGUGGUGCGGGCGCAAAAUGAAGCAGGCUCCUGGGUUGUUCAGCAACUACGAGCGUGGAGUCGUCCGAGUCCGCGAGGUUUUCCUCAAGUGGAUUGAGGGGGAGGGCAAGGAGGCUUGGGCGUCGGCCAAGAACGGGACCUGGAAGGCCCAAUCUGCGAUUGACGCCGAAACAGCCAAGGCGGUCAAGGAUGCGGAGCGCGCCGACCUGCCAAAGAAGUGGAUCUUGGUGCCAGUGGCCGUCCCUGGCUGCGGCAAGACGACAGUGGGCAUGGCGCUGGGAGAACUCUUCGGCUUUGCCCACACACAGAGCGACGACAUCGUCUCCAAGAAGAGUACAGCGGGCAAGUUCAAGCAGAACAUUGUCGAGCUGCUCAAGAAGAACAACGUUGUCUACGCCGAUCGUAACAACCACAUUGACAAGCACUACACGGAGCUCGCAGGGCUGCCAGAAGAGAAGCAGUUUGUCAAGGCGCUCAAGCCCUACAAUGUCCGCCUCAUCGCCCUCGUCUGGGACAUCGACUCGCAGCCAUACCAUCGUCUACUCCGGUUAUGCUCUGAGCGCGUUGUCGAACGAGGUGACAACCACCAGACUCUCCGUCCAGACAAGACAGUCGACGCUGAGCACGAGGCUGUGGUGGCCAACUUCCUCCAUAACUUUACAACGCCCGACGAGUCAAUGUUCGACAAGCAGAUCAUUCUCGGCAUCGAGGACGACCAGCGCACGGCUUUGACCAAGGCCGUUGACGGGCUCGUAGAGGGUUUGGGCCUGAAACGCCCUUCGGAAGAUGAUAUUGACAAGGCACUGGCGGCCGCGCAGUCAUACAAGGUCACGACGCCGUUCCACGGGAUUGCGCGCAUGGGCAAGCCGGUGCGCUACUUUGGACUGGCGCCUGAGAUCGACAUCAACGAGGUUGUCGAUGACGCCCUCAAGACUGUCAUGUCUCAGACAGUUUCUGACUCUGCUGGCGCGUUCAUCAAGUCCUUGCGGGAGAAGAAGCGCGUCACGGCACGACCUCAUAUCACACUCUCUCACGAGAAGAACGUCAAGGACGAACAGGAGGCAGCCGGGGAGGGUGCAGUGCCCGGGCCACACGCCAAUGCGUGGAGUACGUGCAAGACGCUCGCCGAGAAGGGCAUCAGCCCCAUCUAUGAGUUUGACGUGACCCACCUUGUGUGGGACAAUCGAGUGAUGGCGCUUGUUGUCAACAACAUCCGUCCGCAGAGCAACCAGGCCGAGGACGGGCGCGAUGCGGGUCUGGAUCUGGUUCUUCCCGAAGAGGUCCAAAUCAAUCUGCACGUGACGGUUGGUACGCAGUCGGAGGAUAUCUCGGCGUUCGAGUCGCGGAGCGUGGUGAGGGCGGCGCGUGAGGCGAUUGCUCGGGGCCAGGAGACUGGUGAGGUUGGAGAGGCUGUGGAGGGUGGUGGAGAGGUGCAUUGGGUGGCGGUCGGGCCUUUGAAGGGGACUGGUCGUGUUCGAGGCAUGUAUUAA